AUGAAUAUCCAGUGCUUAUUACUCAUUUGCUUUCAAUUAUGCUUUCCACUGCGUCAAGCAAUCACUUUUGGUCGGAUAACAAGUCGUAAAAUGGAACCAUCAGUAGCACUUAUUCAUAUUGCUCGAAAUACACGACGUGUGCGAGGUAAUGGCUACACUUAUAAGUUGAAAGAUGAAUACUGCACUGGAUCACUUAUCUCACGUCAAGUUCUUAUCACAGCUGGACAUUGUAUUCGUGGCAAGUCAGGCUCUACUAUAAUGGUUAAUUUCAUGGAAAAACAAAAACUGCUACUCUUUCGAACUGUUCAAAAGUAUCACAUAUUCCGACAAGUAGAUGUUCUUUUGAAUCAUGAAGUUACUACAACACUAAUUAUGAAUUGGUAUUGUUUAAUAUGUAAAAACUAUAAACUAAUUAGUUUUCAGUCAGGCGAAGACAUAGCUUUAGUUUUACUUAACAAACCAGUGUACUUAUGUGAUGAAAGUGAUCCUGAGCAUGAACGUGUAGGAGUUGCACGUUUACCACUUGGCAGCUUACGUUACCGUUGGACUGAUAAUGAAAUUAAAUCAGCCAAAUGUACAAUUUUUGGCUAUGGAAAAAAUGAAAAGCGUAGCAAAAUUGAUUUUCGCUUGCGCAGUAUGCAAAUAAAUUUGAAAAUGUCAAAAUCUUUGGUUGCUAACCUUAGCAAUAACCAGAAAAUCUGUCCAGGUGAUAGUGGUGGACCGGUCAUUUGCUCACGUGGAGAUCAAUCAUAUUUGGUUGGGAUUACAACAGCUGUUAUCUCAGCACAGAGUUCAAAAAUACCUCAACUUUGUGCAUUUCGCGCAUCUGAUGGCAAAUAUGCCGUGAUUACAAGCGCAAAAUUUUAUGAUAUUCGACGUGGUAUUUCGCAGAUCUUAAGAUUUCUAAAUGUUCAUGGGCAGAUUAACAAUAUGUUGAAUGAUUAUCUCAAAUGCUUUAAUGGAACUUAUCGGAUAUAA